UUUUCUCUCUCUCUCUCUCUCUCUCUCUCUCCGGUGAUUCUCACCGUAACCCUAAAGUUCCCGGAGAAGCUUUGAAGUUUUUCCGGUGAGUUUUGAAGUUAUGAAAUGUUGAAACUUUGUUGAAGUAACUGUCUUUUUUUUUUCUCUAAAGUUCUCUUCUUUUAACUCAUUUCUCCACUUUUCUGCUUCAAAUAACUAUCAAACAGUGAGUUUAGCUUGUUUUAAGCUAAAUUUCACAUGGGUUGGUAGAAAUUUUUCCUUUGGUUUCUGAAGUUUGUUGAGAAGCAAACAAUGGGAACAAUGCUGAAGAAGAAAAGCUUGUUUUUUGUAUUUACAUUUCUGGUACUAGCUCCGGUUUUCUCAAGAUCUCUGAACCCAUCUUUGAACGACGAUGUCUUGGGGCUGAUAGUGUUUAAAGCGGACAUUCAAGAUCCAAACUUGAAGCUUGCAUCUUGGAAUGAAGAUGAUGACAGUCCCUGCAACUGGGUCGGUGUCAAGUGCAACCCAAGAUCCAACCGGGUCGUUGAGCUCACUCUUGACGGGUUCUCACUUUCAGGUCGGAUUGGUCGUGGCCUUUUACAGCUUCAAUUUCUCAGAAAGCUCUCACUUUCAAGUAACAAUCUUACUGGAAACAUUAGCCCUAAUCUUGCAAAGCUUCAAAAUCUAAGAACUGUUGAUUUAAGCCACAAUAGUUUAUCUGGGUCUAUUCCUGAUGACUUUUUUAAACAAUGUGGGUCAUUGAGAACAAUAUCUUUGGCUAAAAAUAAGUUUUCAGGCAAGAUACCAAGUAGUUUGAGUUUAUGUUCAACCCUUGCCGCUAUUGACUUGUCUUCUAAUCAGUUUUCUGGGGUUUUCCCUUCUGGGAUUUGGGGUUUGAAUGCUUUAAGGUCGCUUGAUUUGUCAGAUAAUUUAUUAGAGGGUGAGAUUCCAAAAGGGGUUGAAAGUUUGAACAAUUUGAGAGGGAUUAACUUAAGUAAAAAUAGGUUUUCUGGUUUUGUUCCAGAUGGAAUUGGGAGUUGUUUGCUGUUGAGGGCUAUUGAUUUUAGUGAGAAUUCGUUUUCUGGGAAUCUUCCUGAGACAAUGCAGAAGCUUAGCUUGUGUAAUUUUAUGAAUUUCAGGAAGAAUUUGUUGUCUGGUGAGGUUCCUACGUGGGUUGGAGAAAUGAAGAGCCUUGAGACUUUGGAUCUUUCAGGGAAUAAGUUUUCCGGUGAAGUACCCGUUUCAAUAGGGAAUCUCCAGUCGUUGAAGGUGUUAAAUUUUUCUGCAAAUGAGUUAACUGGGAGCUUGCCUGAAUCUAUAGCAAAUUGUGUAAACCUUGUGGCCUUAGAUUUUAGCCAGAAUUUGAUUAAGGGUGCUCUACCUCAAUGGAUUUUUAAAUUGGGUUCUAAAGAAGUUUCUCUCUCGGUGGAUAAAAUUGGUGGAAGGAUGGAUGGUCCUUUAACUUCACCAAAAGGGAGCUCAUUUGAAAGGCUACAAGUUUUGGAUUUAUCACAUAAUGGGUUUUCUGGCGAAAUUGCUUCUGGCAUUGGGGCUUUAAGCAGCCUGCAGCUGUUGAAUCUGUCAAAGAACUCACUUGCUGGUCCUAUCCCAGUGACUAUCGGAGAGCUAAAGGCCCUGGGUGUCCUUGAUUUGAGUGAGAAUUGGUUGAACGGAACUGUUCCCGUGGAAAUAGGUGGAGCUUAUUCUCUGAAGGAAUUGAGACUGGGGGGGAACUUCCUAGUUGGGAAAAUCCCAACUACAAUUGAAAACUGUUCGGCACUCACAUCUCUGGUACUAUCGAAGAACAACCUGACUGGCCCAAUACCAGCAGCAAUAGCAAAACUUGCAAAUCUACAAAAUGUGGAUUUGUCCUUUAACAGCCUCAGUGGAAGCCUCCCCAAACAGUUGGCUAAUCUCGUUCAUCUUUUAUCUUUCAACAUUUCGAAGAACCAUCUACAAGGUGAACUACCUGCUGGUGUGUUUUUUAACACCAUAACACCUUCCUCUGUCUCUGGAAAUCCAUCUCUUUGUGGUUCUGCAGUCAAUAAGUCUUGCCCUGCAGUCCUUCCCAAACCUAUUGUUCUUAAUCCGAACUCUUCCUCUGACGCCACACCUGAUUCAGUAGCUCCAAAUAUGGGUCACAAAAGAAUUAUCCUCAGCAUAUCUGCUCUCAUUGCUAUUGGUGCAGCUGCUGUCAUUGUCAUUGGUGUGAUUGCCAUCACUGUCCUCAAUCUCCGUGUUCGCUCAUCAACAUCUCGAUCUGCAGCAGCCCUCACAUUAUCUGCUGGGGAUGACUUUAGUCAUUCCCCCACCACGGAUGCCAACUCUGGCAAGCUUGUCAUGUUUUCAGGGGAGCCCGACUUCAGUACAGGAGCACAUGCUCUUCUCAAUAAGGAUUGUGAGCUUGGGCGUGGUGGGUUUGGAGCUGUCUACAGAACAGUCUUACGAGAUGGGCGUGCAGUUGCAAUAAAAAAGCUCACUGUCUCAAGUCUUGUCAAGUCCCAAGAUGAUUUUGAAAGAGAAGUUAAGAAACUGGCGAAAGUCAGGCACCCUAAUCUUGUGGCUCUCGAUGGUUAUUAUUGGACUCAAUCGUUACAGCUCCUCAUAUAUGAAUUUGUCUCUGGUGGAAGUUUGUAUAAGCAUCUCCAUGAGGGAUCAGGUGGAAAUUUCCUUACAUGGAAUGAGAGGUUCAAUAUAAUUCUAGGGACUGCAAAAAGCCUGGCUCGCUUGCAUCAGUCAAACAUUAUUCACUACAAUAUAAAAUCAAGUAAUGUCCUGAUAGAUAGCUCAGGUGAGCCUAAAGUUGGAGAUUAUGGCUUAGCAAGGUUGUUGCCAAUGCUAGACAGAUAUGUUUUAAGCAGCAAGAUCCAGAGUGCACUUGGCUACAUGGCACCUGAAUUUGCCUGCAGAACAGUGAAGAUCACAGAGAAAUGUGAUGUGUAUGGUUUCGGUGUCUUAGUUCUGGAGGUUGUUAGUGGGAAGAGGCCUGUGGAGUAUAUGGAAGACGAUGUGGUGGUGCUUUGUGACAUGGUAAGAGGAGCACUGGAAGAAGGCAGAGUAGAGGAAUGUGUUGAUGCAAGGUUGCAGGGAAAGUUCCCAGCAGAGGAGGCAAUUCCAGUAAUGAAAUUAGGUUUGAUAUGCACAUCACAAGUGCCAUCUAAUCGACCAGACAUGGGAGAGGUAGUUAAUAUAUUGGAACUGAUCAGAUGCCCUUCAGAAGGCCAAGAGGAAUUGGGAUGAAUUAUCUACUUAAUAUUUCAAUAAAUUAAGAGAAGGGAUUUAUUAAUGGCUUGUCCGGCGAAGAGGAAUCCGGUUUGUUCAUUAGAUUAGAGAGAAGAAGACUGAUUGUUGUAAUUUUUUUGCCUGUGUUGUUGUAUUGUUUCUUCUCUUGCUUGUUUCCAUUUUAAUGUUUGUAAUUCUUCUCUGUGUUAUAGUUAGGUUACCGGAUUCCUUUUCACCGGGUCCAAUUCAGGACCCUUUAUGAAUAUUGUUACCAAUUACAUA